AACGACGCAUUUAAAUUUUUGUGUUUUCUGAACAUUUUCUAUUGAGUUAUAUUUUUAUGAACUACAAAUAAACAAUAGCAAUAGAAAAUACAUACAUAUGUACAUGUAAACAUAUAACUACAAACAAAUAAUGCCUUCAACAUGCGAAUUCCAAUUAAACAAUCCCAAUGCGGUUUACAAAAGUGGUGACACUGUAAGUGGUGAGAUUGUUUUAAACACAAGCGCUCCCAAAGAUAUAAGAGAUAUACUGAUUAUUCUCCGAGGAGAGGGCAAAGUAAGUUGGACUGAAACGGAAAGGUAUAGAAAAUCAGAUGGUAGAUACACAAAUAACUCGAUUCAGUUUAAAGGCAAUGAGUUGUACUAUUACAAAACCACAACCGUAUGUGGUGAGGGAACUCUGCCGGCAGGAACUCAUACAUAUACAUUUCAAAUACUUCUACCACUCAGUUGUCCAACCUCUUGUGAAGGUCGUCACGGUCACAUACGCUACGAACUGAUGUUGAAACUCACUAGGCCGUCUCGUUUCCAUAAUGAGUUUAGUAAACCGUUGACUGUACUUAAAUUGCUGGAUCUAAAUUUAAAUCCAGCUUUCAGGAUUCCCAUUGAAAGUGAGAAUAUUUUUAGAUCAUGUUGUUGGUGUUUUUUAAAUGGUAAAGUUAAUACCACGCUUACAAUCCCAUUCAGUGGCUAUGCUAUCGGCCAGAGAGUCAAGUACUCACUCUAUGUUCAAAAUCAAUCAAUGGACGAUAUUGAAGGCUACACCAUCGAAUUUAAUCGGACAAUAAUCUUUACUGCCAGCACACCACAUCACAAGACACGCGAAGAUAAAACCAAUUUAUAUAAGAACUCAUAUCGUAUCCGCUGUUUACGUUUGACCGGUCGUAUUUAUGAUGGAAAUUUCCGUAUAGUCUCUACACCUCCCACCACCGAGUCUGAGAGUAUUAUAAGUGUAAGUUAUACAUUAAAGGUGAUCUUAAAUACGGCGGGUUGUACUUCGGACAAUAGUAUGAGUGUACCAAUAUUUAUUGGUAACGUGCCACUGAGACGGAUUAUGGUAACGGCAGUAGCUGCGGAAAAUGAUCGCCUUAUUACAGUGGCACCCUCAGCAUCCCAACUACCUCUGGAUGACCAAAGAGGCAAUAAUUUGCCACCAAGUUAUCAGGAAUUGGGCCCUCCCUCAUUCGAAGAGGCUACACGCAGUAGUUCUCCCUUUAUAGAUACUGAUAGAAAUGAGCACAAUCGCCAUAUUGGUUUUCGGCCUUUAUAUCCCUCGUACUCGCAAAAUGAUGACUAGUUGAAUUAUCUCAAAAUGUUCUUAGUAAUUAUUGUUCCAUGAAUUCGAAUAUGUAUUACCUAUAUUUGUGGGAAGUGUAUUUUUUUUAUAAAGUUUUACAAUAAAUAAAAACAAAU